AUAAAGUUUGCAGUAUUUUAUUUUUGUUUAGUUUUUUUUUUUUUUAACCCCAGGCAGUUUUAAAACUGUUUGGGUUUGAGCUACUUUUGUUUUUGUUUUUUUGAUGGCUAAACUAAUUAACGAUGGAAACAAUGGCUAAUGGACCAGAUCUGGACAAGGAUUUUGAGGAAACGAACAAUAAUUUUGAAGGAGACACUGCUUUGAAAAGACGGAUUAUGAAAGACAAUGGAAAGGAUGACAAUGAAACAUGGGCAACUGUGGUAUCGAGAAGGAAGAGAAAUGGAGCUGAAAUGGAGAAAGGACGCACUGAACAGCAACCAACUACAAAAGGUAAAGAAAAGGCUGACAAACGGUGAAAAGAGGCAAGAGGAAAGUCAGAGAAAUGAAAUGAUAAAUAGAUUAAAAGACAAAAUGAAAUAUCAGAGAGAAUACAAGAAAGAAACAACAUUGAUAAUGACUGUGGAAAAUCUGGAAAAGCUAACUGCUAUGAAGAUAAAGCCAUUGAGGACAACACUGGAAAAGGUAAACUAUAUGGACUAAGGAAAAAAAAAAACGACUGAGUAUGAACUUAUAAUGGAGAAUGAAAUGGUUUGUGACAAUUUAUUGAAUGGACUACUAUUAAAUGGUCAAAUGUGUAAAGUGAGCAAACUUUGUGAAAUGGAGAGGGUAGUUUCUUUUUUAUGUUUGCCUAAUUAUAUCAAUGACAAGGAUGUACUACAAAAACUGCAAUGCUGGGGAGUUACACCGAUACUGCCGUUGAGAAGGAGGUAUUACCCAGGGACAAUGGUGGCAGAUGGAACAAGAUUUAUAAGAGUCAAAUUCCCUAAUGACAUGGUGUCACUUCCAUAUAACACCAGUUUUGAAAUGGAGGAAGGAACAAGAGGAACAAGUUUUUCAGAGUCAUUCAUGAUCAGCAAGUAAAUAUAUGCAGAAUAUGUUCAAGUGCUGAACAUGAUCAGAAAGACUACUCACAACUAACGUGCAGAGAAUGCCUGGAGCAGGGGCAUUAUGCACGGGACUGUACAGUCCCAUGGUGCCAAGGCUGCAGAAAGGCAUUGCUAAGAUGCGCAUGUGAAACAGAUGAAGAGGAACAUGAGGAAAUGGAGACGCAUAAUGAAGUGGAGUAUUUGGAGAAGGCUGAUGAAGAAAAUGCAUUACAACAAACAAGUGGAUUAACAAAUGAUAUACUGAGCAGGAUGGAGAAGAGGUGAUGACUGGACUACAGCUAUUUGUGGACAAUAUGGAGCAGAAUGUGAUGGAAAAUAAAGAAGAUAAUAAUGGAACAAAGGACAGUACAACCCUGGAAGAGAGCUGGACAGUCAGGAGAUCUCUAAAGCCACCAAAUUCUCCACCCCAUAUCCGUUGUUCCUUCCUCUAACUUACCAGGUAUGGGAUGCUGACUAUUUUCUCUUAAAAGAGGCUGGACAGGACAUCAUGCGAAAUUCUAGCAUGCAGAGCCACACGCAGCCGUUUGUUGUACUCCGAGCGGGACGUCUCCCAGUUAUCAAUGCCAGCUAUGGCCCACUCUCUACCAAACGGGAGAUCCCCCUAGACUUAGUGCAGUCAGUGCAGCUAUUCCAGCCAUCACCACCAGUUUUCACCCUCAACUGGAAACUCCAGUCCUUUGUCCUGACCAGAUGGGUCUAUGCAUCUUCUCCCAAAGUGCGAGUCCUGUUUUACGUGGCUGGAAGAGACUGGGACAGAGGAGAGAAGGAGAAAGAAAUGAAAGAUGAACUGCCUUGUGUGACUGUUUAUGCCUUCUGGCAGACUCAGGAGGUUCGGGGCUCCUGUGUCAUUGGAAAUGAGCAUGGGACUUGCAUGGCAGAGGUUGAUCCUCCUGAAGGUUGGUUCAGCCCAGUUGAAAGCAGUUCCAGUCGGGAAAGACAAGGGCCAACGCAGGGGAAUCCUGUGGAGCUGUAUUAUCAGGCCCGACCCAGCGCUAACGGCCCAUGCACAGCCAGUGGGGAGGAGGGCAAGAGGUGGGAUAUGGGUGAUGAAAAUGCUGGCCAGCCUCAAGCUGAGUACAUGCCUGUGACCCCAAUGCAGAGGAUCGGGAGUGUUCGGCUCCUGCAGGUCAAACAGGGGGCCAUGCCGGUGUCUGUGCUCAGACUGAGAGAGGCUGUGGUCAUUCAGACCUCCUCAAAACCACUUAAGAAGACUGAUAUUGCCUCCUUUUAUGUGUAUGUGAAGAGCUCAGCCAACCUGAAUACUUUCUCCCUCAGAGCCAUGGUAAAAAAGCGUGUGUGCUUCCGUACAGCCACACCUAGCAACACACUACUAUGGGACAUCACCCUAGACACAGGCCCAGAUGGGAGUGUUGGAGUAAUCUGUCAGAGAAAGUCAACUGCAAAUGUGAAAAGGUUAAGUAAACUCCAAGCAGUUCUCCAGAUGGAUUUUGAAGUGGAGGAUGUCAGCAGUCAAUCAGAGAUUCAGGUGAUUAAGUGGGAGUUGACGCUUCCUGAUGAAGUCAAAAUGAUGGGGGCGUCUGAAGGCACCAUGAGGAUCUACACCACUCAGAGAGACUUUGUAGGCCUGGCUCCUCUAGUUGUGGACACAGAGCUGUUGAACACUGCCGUGCUGACUGGUAAGAGGGUUACGGUGGGAGUACGAACCAUUGCUGUGGAACAGGAUGGUUCUGUAACGGAUGUCUCUGAAUUUGCUGACUGCAGCUCCACAAAUGAAGAUGUUCUUAAGGUGUCUGACAGAUGCAACUUUGUCUAUGUGAAUGGAAAAGAAAGCCAAGGGCGACUGCGGAUGCUGGUGAACUUUACCUACAGCUACCUGAGUGCUCAGCUGGAGAUGAAUGUGUGGUUUCCUCGUCUGCCGCUGGAUAUAGAUGUGUCUGAUACAGAGCUGAGUCAGAUCAAGAGCUGGAGGAUCCCCAUCAUGUCCACCAAAAGCAAACCAGGCUGGAGCAGUGAGGAAGAGCAUAAGGGCCGGGGUUGUAUGCUGCAGUUCCAGCAUGCUCUGGUCCGAGUCCUCACACACUUUGUGGCAGAGCAGUCAGACCCUCGGGAGCCACAGGCCUUCUUCCUGGGCUCUGACUGGCAGGUGGAUGUGACCAGGUUGGUGCGGUACUUCCUGAAGGUGGAGGACACUAAUAUUGCCCGUCUGCAGGCAGGCAGGAUUCUGUCAGGACAAGAUGUGGGCACUACCUCUAUAAAGGUCCUUUCCCCGCUGUCAGACUCCAUCCUGGCGGAGAAGACGGUGAGGGUUGUGGAUGAUCGAGUGACCAUCACUGAACUGGGCCUGCAGUUGGUCAGUGGUCUCACACUCAGCCUGCAGCUCAGUACAGGAAGUAACCGAGCCAUAAGCGCCACGGCAACCACACAGGAAGUACUCAGCAAUCCUAAACAAGAGGCAGUGUUGAGCUCCUGGCUGCAAUUUAGUGAUGGCUCCCUCACCCCACUGGAUAUUUAUGAUCCUACUCACUAUCGCCUGGCUGUGACAUCACUGGAUGAGGGUGUGAUCUCUGUGCAGGACUCACCUUUGACUAUAGUGGCAGAAGGUGAAGGCCAAGGAACUCUGGUGAGAGCCGAGAUGACCAUUUGUGAGGUCUGUCAGAAAUCCAAGCGCAAAAGCAUUUUAGCUGUAGGCACUGGGAGCUUAACAGUAAAUUUCCAGACAAACGGCAAACGUCCUGACAAUAGCAGCACCAACAAUAAUGACACGGGAAACAGCACAGGACUAUUUGCUGGUGUCACUGGGAAAGACAACAGCAGUAAGCGUGGUGAUGAAGGAGAGGAGGCAGACUCUGAAAAGAAACUGCAGCAACCAGAACAGGUUUCAAACAGGAAUUCAGAGUCUGAGCGUGAGGAAAGUGCCUUGAAGAUCACCACCACAGUCAAGUCGACAGCGCGAGACUCAACUGUUGGCAGCAUUGCAAAUGAUUUGGGAAUGGGACGGGCUAACGAUGCCUCAGAUGGAGUCAGUAAACCUGGGAAUGUUGGAAAUUAUUUUAGUACAGGAAAAGCUGGCAACGAUGGUCGCACAGGAAUUUCCUGGAGUGGCAAUGAGGUUCCUGAUGGUUCAAUGUUGAGCACUGGGAAAGCUUCUGGGAACUUAGUGAACUACAAUAAUUACCCUCCCCAAGUGGAAAUCCCCAAUCAGGAGCCAAAAAAUGACAAUGAUGAUGAUGACAACAGUGAUGAUGACAUUGAGGGACCACUAUCAAACCGUCCACUCACAGACCUGGAGAUCGGGAUGUAUGCAUUACUUGGAGUCUUCUGCUUGGCUAUCAUAGUAUUUAUGGUAAAUUGUGUAUCAUACUUGGUUAAAUUUAGGCACAAGCAGACGCCUGGUCAAGUUUCUGAGCAGACUGGUCAUCGGCAUGAUUGGGUAUGGCUGGGAACAGAUGCUGAGCUGGUUAUGAACGUCACUGGAAGCCCGUUACAGCAGGACGCUCAUAAUACAGCCGUGAUCGACAUAGGACCCAAUACAGAGCCUUGUGGUACUCUCACCCGAAGGACCUCUUGCCAGGUGUCUUCUGUAUCAAAUGACUCUAAUGUUUCUUGUAUAGGAUCCCCUACAGUAAAACCAGUCCGAAGUGAAUCCCUACACUCACCCACUAGUAAGAGGAAAAGGGUCCAGUUCACCACCUUCACAUCCCUGGAUCGGCAAACUCCUCCCAAGCUAUUACCACAAGAGAAUGGACAUGGAAUUAACUGGGUGGGAAAGGAGGACAGUUGUAUGACACCCGAGGUGCCAGCUGCUGAGUCUUUGUAACAGCUUUGACUGUUGGCUCACAUGCAGCCUGAUUUAUGCACCCAUAAUGUAUAUCUUUAUACCAGGGCUGGGCAACUCUGGUCCACUGUCCUGCAGAGUUUAGCUCCAACUAUGGUCACCUGAAUGCCUUCUUUCUUUGGAAAAGUCGUAUUGUUGGUCUGUGCUACACAUGAUUAUGGUCAAGAUGAUCAGUACAGUUUCAUUGCUUUCAUAAGGUGUGACAGGUGUGACAUUUUCUUUGUGACUAGACUUUGUGAAAGAUUGAUUCAGCCUUGAUUACUAUUCAUAUAAAAAGGACAGAACACAAUCUUGCUAUUUUUGAGGAUUAUUAAAAGUACAAAAGUACCCCCCCCACC